CGGUGCCGCGUGGGGCGCUGUGUUCGCCGUGCGGUAGCGGUAGGAGGCGCAGGGCUGGGAGCAGCCGCAGUAAGUCGGGGACCGGGAGCUGAACACACCGAGCCGGAGCCCGGGACAUGCAGCGCGCACAGCACGGCCAUCCGGAAACCUAGGGAGAGCGGCAGGGAGCGGGCGGCCCUCCCGGAGACACAGCCCGGCCCCCAGGGACAGGCCCACCGCGAACAUGUCAGGGAAAAUCGAGAAAGCAGAUAGCCAGCGUUCUCACCUUUCCUCUUUUACCAUGAAGUUGAAGGAUAAGUUCCAUUCUCCCAAAAUAAAGCGGACGCCGUCCAAAAAUCGGAAGCCGGCAGACCUCACUGUAAAACCAGAGGAGAAGCCUGUCAACAAGACCUUGAGCCGGCUGGAGGAGCAGGAGAGGGAAGUAGUAAAUGCAUUGCGGUACUUUAAGACAAUUGUGGACAAGAUGGCUGUAGACAAGCUGGUCCUUGUGAUGCUGCCUGGCUCAGCCAGCAAGGUCCUCGAAGCCAUCCUGCCGUUGGUGCAAGCAGAUACUCAUUCUCAACAAAGCACUGCCAUCUCAUCUUGCUACAGCAGAGUUUAUCAGUCGCUUGCAAACCUGAUCCGCUGGUCCGACCAAGUGAUGCUGGAAGGUGUGAAUUCGGAGGACAAGGAGGUGGUGACUACUGUGAAAGAUGUGAUCAAGGCCGUUCUGGAUGGAGUCAAGGAACUCGUGCGUCUCAUGAUUGAAAAACAGGAACGGCCGUCACCCACUACACCGGUGAAGCCCACAUUGCCAGCAUGCAAGACAGACAGCCCUUCGGAACUCCCACUCUCAGAUCGUGAGCUGGAGAUUCUUAACAAGUCUCCGGAGCCCUCUGGCAAGGAGGUGCAGGUUGACUGUGUAGAAACCGAUGAAAUGGCUCCUCCAAAGCCCCCACUGCCUGGGAUAAGAGUGGUGGAAAAUAGCAGCCCACCCCCUGCGUUACCUCCAAAGAAGAGACAAUCGGCACCUUCCCCCACUCGUGUUGCUGUUGUUGCUCCAAUGAGCAGAGCCACAAGUGGAUCUAGUUUACCCAUUGGAAUAAAUACCCAGGAUUUUGAGGUUGACUGUUACGCUCGCCGAAGGCUAUCGGGAGGAAGCCAGUCGUAUGGCGGAGAAUCUCCUCGCCUCUCACCUUGCAGCAGUAUAGGGAAGCUCAGUAAAUCUGACGAACAGCUUUCAUCCCUUGACAGAGACAGCGGGCAAUGCUCACGCAACACGAGCUGUGAAACUCUCGAUAAUUACGACCCAGACUAUGAAUUCCUUCAGCAAGAUCUUUCUCGUGCAGACCAGGUGUUGGGCCAGGGGACGGGUGUUCUGAGUCCUCUCCCAGAAUCCCUGGGAGAAUCUGGUUCUCCGUUUCAAGGACAGACCUUUCAACUGCCUCCUGGCCAACCCAUGCACCCUGAACUUGCCCCCUCCUCAGCAAUAGAGAUGCCUCCUGCACUACCGGAGAAAAAACGAAGGAGUGCAGUCUCUCAGGUCUGUGAUGGUCCCCCCGGAAACCGUGUCUGCUAUGAACGGCAUCCCUCACAGUACGACAAUAUAUCAGAGGAUGACCUACAGUCGCUUGCCCCUUCUGCUACCCCAUUUGCUGCUGUCCCACCUUUCCAGCCAGGGAACGUCUCCCAGGUGGAGUUCCUUGGUGACUUUGCUGCUGUGGAGUGUGAUGGCAUUCCAGAAAGCCCCCCUCCUCUUCCAGAAAAGAAGAACAAACACAUGAUGACGUACAUGCGCUUUGUGGAAGACUAUUCAGAACCUCAGCCAUCAGUCUUCUACCAGACCCCACAGAAUGAACACAUCUACCAGCAGAAAAACAAGCACCUGCGAGAGGUGUAUGGCUUCAAUGACUCAUUUAGUAACGCUGACCCAGGCCACGAACGAGCUCCACCCCCUGCCCUGCCUCCCAAACAGCGACAGCUGCAGGCUUCCUUUGCUGCCUCUUCCUUCUCCUCUGUCUCGUACUGUGCACAGCCAACCAAAGGGGUCUUCACACCCGAGGACACCAGCCUCCCUCAGGGCAUCAGUCUGUCCGUCUCUAACUGCUUUCUGAGCCGGCACGGCUCCUUUCCUGUGCCUUCGUACAAAUCUGUAUUCCGUUCCUACUCCCAAGAUUUUGUGCCUCCCAGCCAGGCUCCAGCACUUCCAAUGCUUCAGCCCACUGUCUUCUACUCCUCCUGUUAUAACCCGAUGCUACCAGAUACUGUGCCCCCAACUCCCCUCUGCCCCCCAUUACCCGCCUCUCAAGGUGGCAGCUCCUGCGGGGCCCCUGCUGCCUGCCUUGCUUUUGAGACGCCUCUGUCCGGCUCUCUCCAGACGACAGCGUUGAGGAUGGAAGGGGUCUCGGCUGGAUGGGAAUCACCUUUACCGAAUGAUGGACAACAGAGUAACUCAUCCUCACCACCGUGUAUUCCUGGCAAAGAUGGUCUUGAAGCCACAGAAAGACCACCGAAAUCCCCGAACGAUCAUGGAGAUGAUGAGGCAGAGACUGAGGAAAGUGAGGAAACAGAAGAGCUGUCACUUGUCGAUCACAACGAGAUCAUGGCUAAGCUGACUCUGAAACAAGAGGGUGAUGAUGGGCCAGACGUUCGUGGGGGAUCUGGAGACAUCUUACUGGUCCAUGCCACAGAGACCGAUCGGAAAGAUCUAGUUCUGUACUGUGAGGCUUUCCUGACCACAUACAGGACCUUUAUUUCUCCAGAAGAACUGAUCCAGAAGCUGCAGUACAGAUAUGAAAGGUUUUGCCACUUCCAAGACACUUUCAAGCAGCGUGUGAGUAAGAAUACCUUCUUCGUACUGGUCAGAGUGGUGGAUGAGUUAUGCUUGGUGGAGCUGACCGAUGAGAUUCUGAAGCUGCUGAUGGAGUUAGUUUUUCGUCUGGUGUGUAAAGGAGAACUCAGCCUGGCUCGCGUUCUACGCAAGAACAUUUUAGAGAAGGUGGAGAACAAGAGGAUGCUGACUCAUGCCAACUCUGCGCUCAGACCUCUUGCUGCAAGAGGGGUGGCUGCAAGGCCGGGAACUCUUCAUGAUUUUCACAGCCAUGAAAUUGCAGAGCAACUAACCCUACUGGAUGCUGAACUAUUCUACAAAAUAGAGAUCCCUGAGGUCCUGCUGUGGGCCAAAGAGCAAAAUGAAGAGAAGAGCCCAAAUUUGACACAGUUCACAGAGCACUUUAACAACAUGUCAUACUGGGUCCGAUCAAUCAUAAUGCUGCAGGAAAAAGCACAGGACCGUGAGAGAUUACUGCUUAAAUUUAUCAAAAUUAUGAAGCACCUAAGAAAACUGAAUAAUUUUAACUCCUAUCUUGCCAUAUUGUCUGCUCUGGACUCUGCACCCAUCCGUAGGUUGGAAUGGCAGAAGCAGACAUCAGAGGGUCUGGCUGAAUAUUGCACUCUGAUUGACAGCAGCUCCUCUUUCCGAGCCUACAGAGCUGCUCUGUCUGAAGUUGAGCCUCCAUGUAUUCCUUAUUUGGGCCUGAUCUUGCAGGACCUCACGUUUGUGCACCUGGGGAAUCCAGAUCACAUUGAUGGUAAAGUGAACUUCUCCAAGCGUUGGCAACAGUUUAAUAUCCUGGACAGUAUGAGACGUUUUCAGCAGAUACAUUACGAUAUCCGCAGGAAUGAUGACAUAAUCUCCUUCUUCAACGAUUUCAGCGACCACUUGGCUGAGGAGGCUCUAUGGGAGCUGUCCUUAAAAAUAAAACCUCGAAACAUCACGAGACGGAAAACAGAGAGAGAUGAAAAGACUUAAAGAAUGAUAAUACGUACAAACUGUCAAACAGAACCCAAGAAGGUGGCUCUACCACAUAGUGGUGGAUACCACCAAGCAAAAACCAAGGAAGGAUGCCUCUUCCCAUGGAUGGGAAGGUCGAAGAGCGGAAGGAAAGAGUGAGUCAGCUUGUUUACGGUUUCUUCUCUCCAUCUCUUGGCUGACCCUUCCCAAAGAUAUGGCUUACUCUGCCCACUGUUGUCUUUUAUGUCUUAUGAGACCUGUUAUUUGUGCAAUCCAUUAAUAUAUUGAAGUUGGACAAAACUGUACUCUGUGUCUCGUGGAUCUCAAUCAUUCUCCAUCGACCCAAAUGUUGGAAGUAUCUUAUGCUUUUUUGGGAAAUUAAAGAGCCGACCUAUGUGCGUAUCCUGGAACAUUUCCAAUAGACUUGGAGAGUCACAGAAAUCAAUGAACAAGUUGUAAAACAGAAGAAAAAAAAUCUUUAUAAACAAUCACAUAUUUUUCAGUUACCUUUUGCCAACUUUUUUUUUCUUUGCAUAUUUUGUUUGUGUUUUCUUUUUGUUUGUUUUGGUCUUGUGUGUCUUUAUCAGCCUGCCAUUAUUUUCCCUCCCCAGCAGAGAGCAGUAUGUGGCUCCUGUAUAUAUCAGUAUUCUGUUUAGGGGAAGGCAGGUUCAUGUUAAUGUGACCUGUAUUAUAUAUAUUUUUUUUAUGCUCUUGCAUGACAGUUAUAUGGAGAUUGCGAGUGAAAUGUACAUACAGGAAUAAUAAAAAAAGGAAAAAGCUCAAA